UCAUCCUGUGUGCUCUGCUUCAAUGCAUUCCUUCACCAUCUUCCCCCUUUCUCAUUGUCUACUUCUUAUAAAGCUCCCCAUCACAAACAAACAAACAAUCAAUCACACACCCCAAAACAAGUUCAACGAAAAACGAAAAUAAUUAGAUAGAAGAAUGGGCAAAACAAAACAAUAUUCCCAAAGUCUCCAACUAGUGAUUUGACCAUUAUUCUUCUCAUAUAUGCCCCUUCUUCUUCGUUACUUACACCACGCAUUCCUCUAUUUUUUUUUUUUAUCUUAUUUAUGUAUAAAAAAAAGUGCUUAUUAUCCCUUCGAUAAAUUUCGCUUUUCUAUCGCACGACCUCGUUUCGAAUCUUAUUUUAAUAAUUGAUUCUGAUUCUUCUCUUCUCUUCUUUUUUUUUCCCUUUCUCUCUUCUCCAUCUCUCUCUCUCUCUAUAUAUAUAUAUAUAUAUAUAUAUAUAUAUAUAACAGACUCGCAGUCUUUUGCAUAGAAGGUAUUGUUUGCACCGUCACGUGUGUGCUGUGUGGAGACAGAAUAAACAACCGUUUCUCGUGGCCGAUGGCGAUUUCCGAUGUGCCUGACACCGCGACCUCCACCGUCGUCGCCGCUGCCAUCCAAAGUGACUCAGAUCUCAGACGGCCUUCUCUGCGGCGUAGGCCCAGCGCCACCUCGACUGGCGGCUUGUUCGACGGCGAAAGUGCAGCUGAAGAUGCGGUCAGAGAUUCAGGCUCCGACGAGUCCUUGAAAGGCAAGAACAGCGAGGAGGAUAAGGAUCGCAAGCUGGAUCAUGCAGCCAAUGAUGACGCAGUCGUCAAUAACAUAACUGAUCGAGAACCAGUCAUCGAUUUCAAAUUCACUUACCGUCCCUCGGUUCCCGCUCACCGGAAAAUCAUGGAGAGCCCCCUAAGCUCCGACAACAUUUUCAAACAGAGUCACGCAGGACUGUUCAAUCUCUGUAUAGUAGUGCUUGUUGCGGUGAACAGCAGGCUUAUCAUUGAGAAUAUAAUGAAGUAUGGUUGGUUGAUUAAGUCUGGAUUUUGGUUUAGUUCAAAAUCGUUGAGAGAUUGGCCCCUCUUUAUGUGUUGCCUUAGUCUUGCAAUAUUUCCACUUGCUGCCUUUAUAGUAGAAAAGUUGGCACAACAAAAGUGUAUUUCUGAACCAGUUGUUGUUCUACUUCAUGUAAUCAUUACAACUGUUGCAUUCUUUUAUCCCGUUUUAGUUAUCCUCAGGUGUGAUUCUGCUUUUGUAUCCGGUGUCACAUUGAUGCUAUUUACUUGCAUUGUAUGGUUAAAAUUGGUGUCAUAUGCACAUACGAACUAUGAUAUGAGAACACUUACCGCUUCAAAUGAAAAGGGAGAAACAUUGCCCAAUGCUUUGAAUAUGGAGUACCCAUACAAUGUGAGCUUCAAGAGUUUGGCAUACUUCAUGGUUGCUCCUACAUUAUGCUACCAGCCAAGCUAUCCCCGCACACCUUCCAUUCGGAAGGGUUGGGUGUUUCGUCAACUCAUCAAGCUGAUAAUAUUUACAGGAGUUAUGGGAUUUAUAAUAGAACAAUAUAUGAAUCCUAUUGUCCAAAAUUCACAACAUCCUUUGAAGGGAAACCUGCUAUAUGCCAUCGAGAGAAUUCUGAAGCUUUCUGUUCCAAAUAUAUACGUGUGGCUGUGCAUGUUCUACUGCUUUUUCCACCUUUGGUUAAAUAUACUUGCAGAGCUUCUACGAUUUGGUGAUCGUGAAUUUUACAAAGAUUGGUGGAAUGCCAAAACUGUUGAAGAGUAUUGGAGGAUGUGGAACAUGCCUGUGCACAAAUGGAUGGUUCGCCACAUAUAUUUUCCAUGCUUAAGGAAAGGUAUACCUAAGGGUGCUGCUGCAUUAAUUGCCUUCCUGGUUUCUGCUGUGUUCCAUGAGUUAUGCAUAGCCGUUCCUUGCCACAUGUUCAAGUUGUGGGCUUUUAUUGGAAUUAUGUUUCAGGUUCCUUUGGUCUUGAUCACUAAUUACCUGCAAAAUAAAUACAGAAACUCAAUGGUUGGAAAUAUGAUUUUUUGGUUCAUAUUUUGUAUUCUUGGUCAACCUAUGUGCGUUCUACUAUACUAUCAUGACUUGAUGAAUAGGAAAGGGGAACUUGACUAAGGUAGUAUUACAUCAUCAACCGUUCUUGUGUAUGAGCUUUUCUGUUUUCAAAGUAAAAUCGAUGUAGAUAUGUUGCCCUCUAUGUUUUUUAUGGGGACUAUUGGACAGUGGUUCCUCUGGGUUAAGCAUUUCCAUGAGAUUUGCUAAGGUUUUGGAGGUUAAUUCAUCUUGACCCAUGAACUUAUAUAACUUAUUUGCUCUGGCACUUCUAUCAGCAUGCGAGGAAUUUUGAAAGCAAUGAACUAACAACGUUAUGUGCUAAGUAACACUGACUGGUUUCUGAUAAAAGUUGCGGGCUAGCUGCAAAUGCCUAAACGGUUUAGGUGUAAUUGGUUUCUGGAAGUUCUACCAAUGAAUGAUGACGGCUAUUAUUCAGUACGAAACUUGUGUUAGUGCACUAGUAGCAUAUGCUAAUUUCAUAAAUGAGGGAUACUUGGACAAGAUUACCUUGCUUAAGUAAUCCAUGAGAUCUCUCAGUGCCCUCACUUAUCAAACCCGAGAGAUUUGAAUUUAUUGCCCUUUUCAGUUUUUGUAGAUGCCAUUUGAGAGAAAUUAUUGCAUAAUUUGGG